UUCAGGGAGGUGCAACGCUAACUAACCACCUCUUAGCUUACAUGUCCACCUCGAGAUAUGGCUAGAAAUGUACUACACACAAGUGUGUAAGGUACAUGUAGCAUAACGUAAAGGAUAUGAUAUCACUGAAUUAAAACACACGCCUCACAAAGAAACGCUGCCCCCCCCAGCGCAGGGCACUUGAGCGGUCAUGUCGGGAAUUAAAAGGAAAAUAGAAGGCAAUGACCCCGACUAUGACGACAUUUUGCUGGUUCAAAAUAGUAAAAGAAACAAAGCGGCUGAACACAACGCCAGAGAAGCAGCAGUUCAGAAGAUUGAAACCAUCAUCAGAGAACAGUUUUCUUUGGAGAUGAAGAACAAAGAGCAUGAGAUAGAUGUGAUAAGUCAGAGACUCAAUGAAGCCAGGAGGAUGAUGGACAAGCUGAGGGCGUGCAUAGUGGCUAACUACUAUGCCAAUGCUGGAAUAACAAAGCUCCCCGAGCACGUCUCCAAGAGCGACCCUGCCGUGCUGAACCAUCCUGCCAUCAGGCGGUUCUUGGAGUCCCCGUCCCGGUCCACUUCCCCUCUCAACCAGGGCUCUGAGACCCUGUCCCUGGCUCACUCGGAGUCCGGGUCCCUGUCUCAGCAAGGCGAGGGAGCUGAGCGGGACGCGGAGGGGGCAUGGAGGGAGGACGGCAGCAGGCAGGAGCGCAGACCGGGGCGCAACACAGGAAAGGACACAUUUGGCGUGCCAUUGUCCUUAGGGGAAGAGCAGAGGGGGACCUAUCACACGACUGGGAAUGAAGCAUCUAGACUCUAUGCUAAGAAGACAAUUGUAGUGGGGAACGUGUCCAGGUACAUUCCCCCAGAUAAGCGUGAAGAAAACGACCAAUCCACCCAUAAGUGGAUGGUGUACGUCAGGGGCUCCAGGAGGGAACCCAGUAUCGACCACUUUGUGAAGAAAGUCUGGUUCUUCCUGCAUCCCAGCUACAAGCCCAACGACCUAGUGGAAGUCAGUGAGCCGCCCUUUCACUUAACACGUCGCGGUUGGGGAGAAUUUCCUGUGAGGAUCCAGAUCCACUUCAAAGACCCUCGCAACAAACGCAUCGACAUCAUCCACCAGUUAAAGCUGGACAGAACAUACACUGGGCUGCAGACACUCGGGGCAGAAACGGUGGUUGAUGUGGAGCUCUAUAGGAACUCCCUGGGCGAGGACUACCUCCCCCAGCCCUCCUCCUCUAAGGUGACUCACAGAGUAGCCAGCCCCACGUUGGCCCCCUCCAUGGCUCAAAGUUACGGACCCUCCAGUUCUCCCAUCCCACACGAUCCCAGUGUAGACAAAGGUUUCAUCAAAGCGGAGAUGGGAAGGUCUGUAAGUGGCCAUGGCUCCGGCCUCCCUGCUGGUGAACGCACUCCGACCAGACCCAAGGUCGGCGACAGGAUCCUUCUCGGUUCCCAUGGCAACUCUGCCUUCCAGCCGAUUACAGCGAGCUGUAAGAUUGUCCCACUCGGACUACCCCCCAGUCCCACUGAGUCUCCCAGUAAAUCGUUCCAACCAAUCACCAUGAGCUGUAAAAUAGUUUCAGGGUCUCCCAUAUCCACCCCAAGCCACUCGCCGCUGCCUCGCACACCAGUCACCGCCGCCCCCGUCCACAGCAAGCAGAGCUCCUCAUCGGCCCUUAACAACCCGUACAUCAUUGUGGACAAGCCUGGCCAAGUCAUCGGCAUGGCUUCCUCAUCCGCUGCCCCCACAGGAAGCCCCUCGUCCAAACAGUCCGCCGCUCAAGGCGCUCGCUCUCCGGCCCCCAAAGUCCACACUGGCACCUUCCUGUCGUCUGGGAUGAAGGUUAUUAUCAAGCAGGAGCCAGGGGAAGUUUCCACACAUCAGCAGCAGAUGGUUUCCACAGUAACCAGCCAGCAGCAACCUGCUACUACAGCAACACUCCCGUUUGUCGCAGCGAAAGGAGGUCACAUGAUCUCCAUGGCGACCCAGAAACCGGCAGGAGGGGCCACAGGGGCAACGACUAGCAAGAUGUUAGGCAUUCCUGUUAGCUCUACGCUCCAGUCGGCAGUCAAACAGGUGGCCAUCAGCAGCGGACAGAUCGUGGUGGCCAAGGGCAACCCUUCUGUCUCCAAGGUGAUGGGUGGGAAGCAGGUUUUGGCUCAGGGAGUCGCUAAAGCCAUCGUCAGUGGAGCCAGUGGCAUCGCUGGUCAGCAGCCUGCUGCCAAGGCUGCUGGUGGUUCGAGUGGAAAGAGUGGAGUGAUGGCCACUCUUCAGCUGCCAGCCAACAACUUGGCCAAUCUAGCCAAUUUACCUCCAGGCACCAAGCUCUACCUGACCACCAACAGUAAGAACCCUUCGGGGAAAGGCAAGCUGCUUCUCAUCCCACAGGGAGCUAUCCUCCGGGCCUCCGGCGCAAGUCAGCAGUCCCAGAGCAGCUCAUCGGCAGGCGCUGGCACUCCUCAGACCUCCUCUUCCUCCCCUUCCUCUUCCAGCAGUCUGCCCUCUAACCUCUCAUACACGUCAUAUAUCCUUAAACAGACCCCACAGGGUACGUUUCUGGUUGGCCAGCCAGCACAGGGUUCGGGGAAGCAGGGUGGUUCCAGUUCGGGAGGUCAAUUAGCAUCAACUCCAGCAACUGUUGCCCAGCAGGCCAUACGGGUGACAGCUGGACAGAAGGCGUCUCUCCUGGCUCAGGUGGUGGGCGCCUCCCAGGGUGCACAGAUGAAGCUGUCCGACGGCUCCAUUAAGACGGUCACGGCAUCUGCAGCUGGCCACUUGUCCAAGCCGGGGACGACCACGUUGAGGAUGACGGGCGGAGUCAUCACCGCCGCUAGUUCCACCCCCGGCUCCGUCAGUGCUGCAGCGGCCAGUCAGCAGCAGGCGGCCGAUGGCGUCAAGUCGGCCUCUCAGCAGCACUCGCUCCUGGUGGCGGCCAACCAAGCGGCCGUGAUAAGCGCAGCCAAGAGCGCCGCCGCCGCUGCCGCCGCCACUGCUGGAGGCAGCCUGUCAAAGAUGGCUGUGGCCACUUUGGUCAAGGGUGCUGCAAACUCUGCCACAGCGACAAAGAGUGCCGCGGGCUCCGCGGGGGCCGUGGUGACGCUGGCCAAAGGUAUCGCCAACGUGCCCGUCGUCGGCAUGUCCAAGGGCGCAGGGGUGGGCGUGGCCAAAAGCAGCGGGGCGUCGCUGGCCGCGGCCGCCUCGUUGGUCGGCGGGAUGGCUGCGGCGGCGGGAGGAGGAAAGACGCCCGCGGCUCUCCCAGGUAUGCUGAAGAUCGGUUCCGCCUCCCAACAGACGGUCUUAACCAUCCCUGCCAACCAGCUCAAGCAGCUGGGGGUGGGCGCCGCGUCCGGCGGGGUGCAGACCGUAGUCAUGCCCGUUGGGAAAGUGGUGUCUAAAGGCCCCGUCGCCAGUACUCCGUCCUCCUGGUCUUCCACCACUGCUGGAGCAGCUGGAGCCUCCCCAAGUCCCGCCAGACAGGCGUCCCACUCCCCUGCCCUGCCUCUGGCCCAAGUGAAGACAGAGCCAGGUUCCAGCACAGCUGUUCCCUCCCCCCCGGUGACUGCUGCCGUCGUCACAUGCGUCAGCGUUGCCUCUGCAGUGAAGCAGGAGCAAGGGGCAGAUAACGCUGCACACGACCUCAUCAACCCUGAACACAUAGAGACCAUGAUGCAGCUGCUGACAGCGGUGAUAAAGAAGUUCCCCCUUAUUGUUCCAGAUAAGACCGAGGACUCCCAUCCAUUCUGUGCCUCUUCGACAGAACAGUAUUAUUCCUGGACUAUUGGCAAGCGCAGAGCAUCAGAGCUCCAGCGAGCGGUGGCAGUAAAGCGGGUCGUCCAGGAUGUGUUGGACCGCUCGCCCCGCCUGCAGGCCCUCACCCCCCCGAAGACGAGAGAGGUGGCGCAGUGGUGUCGGCAGAGGGGCUACACGCCGCCGGACCUGGAACCCCAGCGCGCGAACGACGACGAGUCCAUCGAGGACAUCCUCACGCAGAUAGAUAACGAGCCCGAGUGCCCGGCGACCCUGAGCAGCUGCGACGAGCUGGUGCUGCGGCUGGAGCAGAUGCAAGCUCUGCUGAAGACGGAACCGGAGGAGGUGGACGACAAAAUAGUCGACAUCGUCACUGUGACCCCUCCCUGCCGGAAGCUAAAGGUCAAGGAGGAGGAGCAAGAGGCUGACUCUGAGCCUAAGUUCUUCCUGGGCCCCUGCGUGUCCGCCCAGUUCGUCAGUGAAACGGCUCAGCAAAUCGGGGUAAGCUUCCAGCCCGUUGAGGUGGAGAAAAAUGUGUUCGCUCCGGUAGUGGAAGCCAUGAUUCUGAAGGCUACGGAACAGUUUGCCAGCGAUGUCCUGAGAGAAGCUCUGGCGGGGGCCUACGCCAAAUCCCCUCAGAACAGGGCACCGAGAGAGGUCACGGCUAUGAACAUCCACCAGGCUGUCAGUAGCGUCCCCACCUGUGACUUCAUCACCAACGCACACAUGGGUUACCUGUCAAAUGACAAUUGAGGCCUAAUAUUUGGACAGGAACUGACUGGUAACUGACACACAACAAGAUGUGAGGACUGCCCGAACUCUUCGCUACCAUGAAGAGACCGUGGGAACUGGCUGUGUGACGACUCACACCUGGAUGUAGUCCUGUUGCCUCAGGUUGUGCAGUUAGAACUAAUGUACUGUAUUCACUGACUUAAUCAUAGAAGGGCUCAGCUUGUUUUUCCACAGCAACCGCUAAACUGUUUUCCUCCAAACGAGCUCAUUUGAAUGAUGAAGCGUUUCAUACACCAGACAUAAAUCUGGUCACCAGGGAAAAAGAAGCCAGAGUGAUUUGCGGGGCUGAAGGACGACAUCAGACGGCUGUUUGCCCCCUCAUUCUUCACCCUGCCGCCACAGAUUUGGUUUACCGACAGGUGAAGACACGUUUGCAACCGGUUGGAAGCGCUAAUGAACAUCGGGGUGUUAGAUUUCCCCAUCGAUCGCAUCAAAGGCAACGUCGGCUGGCUGCUUUGGGCAAAGAGAUUCUUUGAAAAAGUGCCAUUGCUAUGGCAACCACUGCUGCGUCACAGCGAGCAUCUUUUGAUGAUAUUCAGUGUUACCUGACAGAAGUAAUUAUGGUUUUACAAUAGAACCACCGCUUUUUAGAUGCUCAUGUUUCUUUUUUUUUAAUUGCAUACAGAUUAUGAAAGGUUCUGAAAAAUCCCUUUUUUUUUUCACCCUUAACAAGAAACGGCUGAUAGUCGAAGAAUGAAAAAAAUCACACUGUCACUAUGAAUCCAGGAUGCACUCUCCAUAUUUAUCUUCUAUCCUUCGUGAUCCGGUUCGGUAGCCAGUUGAAAGUGCUUCUACGUGUUCUGGUUAACUACCAUGAUGUAUCAAUCAUGUGAUGUGCACUGUCUAUAUGACCACGAUUUAAUAGAUGGUGUUUUCCAAUACUGUCGUAUUUUUUUAUCUAACAACAAUAACCGCAAAUAUUAAUGCCCUUGACAGUAGUGAGUGUGUGUAUGAAAAUGUGUGAACAGUGGAUCUAGUCGUCACACAAGUUAAUUAAUUGGAUGGUAAGUGUGUGUGUGUGUGUGUGUGUGUUUUGUCGGCUGAUGUGUAGUGUUUGUAAUUCUGUUUCAUGUGGAGCUUUGUGUUAUGUUAAUGUAUUGAUGAGUGGACGAGUAGAAGUGUUCGAGUGGUUGUGAUGCCUGUUCAACCAAAUAAGUGUAGAAGGUUACACGAGCAUUGUAUUUUAAUGUUUCCGUGCAAACCAAAAAUAUAAUCAAUAUUCUUGUAAUAAAUAACAAAAAACUCCAGCCGA